UAGAAGGUUGUAGGGCGGACUCCAGGUGGGGAAUUGCGAUCUCUCCAUUCGCAGACCCAGUAAGAUUUUGAUAUGUCCUUCAUAUUUGACUGGAUUUACAGUGGUUUCAGCAGUGUGCUACAAUUUUUAGGAUUAUAUAAGAAAACUGGCAAAUUGGUAUUUCUUGGAUUGGAUAAUGCAGGAAAAACAACAUUGCUACACAUGCUAAAAGAUGACAGACUUGGACAACAUGUCCCAACGUUACAUCCCACUUCAGAAGAACUAACCAUUGCUAGCAUGACCUUUACAACUUUUGAUUUGGGUGGACAUGUGCAAGCUCGAAGAGUGUGGAAAAACUACCUUCCUUCUAUCAAUGGCAUUGUAUUUCUGGUGGAUUGUGCAGACCAUGAAAGGCUGUUAGAAUCAAAAGAAGAACUUGAUUCACUAAUGACAGAUGAAACCAUUGCUAAUGUGCCUAUACUGAUUCUUGGGAAUGAGACUGACAGACCUGAAGCCAUCAGUGAAGAGAGGUUACGAGAGAUGUUUGGUUUAUAUGGUCAGACAACAGGAAAGGGCAAUGUAUCUCUGAAGGAACUGAAUGCCCGACCCUUAGAAGUUUUCAUGUGCAGCGUGCUCAAAAGGCAAGGUUACAGAGAAGGUUUCCGUUGGAUGGCACAGUACAUUUGUUAAUCAAUUAACAACCACUUGCAUCGGUUCCAGGUCUCACCAUUCAGGCCUACUCAGAAAUUUGAUCCACUCAACAUGCAUAACUUGAAUUCAAUAGACUUUUGUUGGUUAGAAAACAGAUUUUUUUAGAUUAUUAAUAUUAUAUCAACUUAAUUUGAGUGCAAAUUGAAAACUGAUUCAAGUUUGAGUAUCACAAUGUUAGCUUUCUAAUUCCAUAAAAAUAGUUUAUACAGUUUAUAAUCUGACAUUAUCCCCAGUGCCAUUUAUAAAGAACAACUUUCCAGCAAUACAUUUGAAGCACUUUUAAACAACGUGAAGCUACGAAUACAAACCAUGUUUAAAAGCUCAUCAUGUUAAAUUUUUAUGUACUAUUUUGGAACUAGUUUUUAAAUUUUAGAUUAUAUGUCCACCUAUCUUAAGUGUACAGUUAAUAAUUAGGUUAUUGAUGAUUGCAUGAUGCCUUUCAGUUUUCAAUAAUAUCUUUUCUUAUGCAAACGUCAUGCAAUAAAACACACCCUGAUGUUUGGCAAAAAAAAAAA